UCCUAACCUCAAAAUAAUUCUAGCUUGAAGAUCGUGAGUGUACUGUCGCGAUUUAGAUAAAAUGCCUUCAAUUCCCUCCCAGUUUUGGAGCUGCCAAGAGCAACGGUUUCUACAAGUCCAGCAUAAUCACCAUGUCUUUCAACACGGAUAGCAGUCGAAACGAAGCGUUUGAGCGGGAACAAGAAAGAGAGUCGGACUUAUCUCCGACACCGAUCAAUGACGAGGAGAACGCGUUGCCUUCGGGCGACGACGAGAAAGGAGAAGCAGGUGACCGGUAUCUGGUUGGUUGGGAUGGUCCCAGCGACAAAACGAAUCCUCGAAAUUGGAGCAAUUCAUACAAAGCUUGGAUAACAUUCCAGCUGGGUAUGCUUGCUUUGGCCGCGAGUUUGGGGUCCAGUAUCAUAGCUCCAGGCGAGGAUGAAAUUGCGGCAUAUAUUGGGGUCAGCACAGAAACAUCGGUUCUUGUCAUUUCGUUAUAUGUUGUUGGCUUCGCCUUGGGACCUUCCAUCUGGGGACCAUUAGCAGAGCUCUAUGGAAGAAGAUGGUCAAUGUUGCCAGCUGUUUUCGUCCUAGGUCUAUUCUCGAUUGGAACAGCUGUUGGCAAGAACGCCGCGACAAUCUUUUUAACGAGAUUCUUUGCUGGAGUCUUUGGAAGUGCUCCUGUCAGUAACGUGUCCGCUGCUUUGGGAGACAUAUAUGAAGCAAAAGCUAGAGGCACAGCUGUCACAUUCUAUGCAGUUGCUGUUGUCGGUGGACCAACUUUAGGGCCUAUUAUUGGCUCUGCUUUGGUAGUGAACAAGAACUUAGGAUGGAGAUGGACGGAGUACAUCGAAGCAAUCUGGACCUUCUUCAUUUUUGGCCUCACUCUUGUCGCCAUGCCUGAAAUGUAUGCCCCGGUAUUAUUGAAGAAGAAAGCGCAACGCCUGCGAAAGCAGACCGGCAACCAGGAAUGGCACCAUCCACACGAGGACAUCAAGAUCUCACCAAAGACUAUCAUCACCAAGCAUUUCUCCCGUCCAGUAAUCAUGCUCCUUACCGAGCCGAUGAUCACCGCUAUCGCUCUGUAUGCAUCGUUCGUGUAUGCAUUGCUAUACCUGACUUUGGAAGUUUUCCCCAUAGUGUUCGAGGAGGAGCGAGGCUGGGGUCCAGUUGUAGGCUCGUUGCCUUUCUUAGGCCUCUUCAUCGGCGUCAAUUGCGCAGUCGUCAUCAACCUUGCCAAUCAACCCCGAUACGCCAGAAUCAUGGAUGCCGCGAAGGGAAAGCCGGUCCCAGAAGCUCGACUUGCACCCAUGGCCAUUGGAGGAUUUCUUUUCGCCAUCGGCCUCUUCUGGUUUGGAUGGACAGCAACCCCAAAGAUCUCUUGGAUCUCGCCAGUAUUUGCUGCGGCGUUCAUUGGUGCAGGUUUCAAUGUUAUCUUCCAGCAGUGUAUUAACUUCCUGGUCGACACCUACGGUCUGUAUGCAGCAUCCGCUGUAUCGGCAAAUACGCUGCUUCGUUCUUUGAUGGGUGCUGGGUUCCCAAUGAUCGCGAAGCCCAUGUUUCAUAAUUUGGGAGUUGGGCCAGCGAUGUCUAUCCUUGGAGCUAUUGCCACGCUGGCAAUUCCUGUUCCUUUCAUCUUUAUGAAGUAUGGCUUGGCGUUGAGGAAGAAGUCGAAGUUUGCACCGGUUUACGAUUGAGAUACUGGUAUUCCGACUACCUGACCACUGUCUCUACUACAUGUAUUCUUCUAAGAAUCUUCGAGACUGAGGAGAAGUUGCCUGAAGCUAAGAUACUGACUGGCCCGCCAAGCUUGAAGGCAGGCAACAUUAUCUCCUAGAUACUGGUGCCUUGGGACAAUGUAAUUUGGAACAACAGGUUUG